AAUGAAAAGAACAAUUGAAAAUAAAGACAGAAAAAUUACAAAGAACAAGCUUGGCUCCCCAAAAGAAAAUAUGAGAAGACACCUUCCCCCACCCCCACCUUGGUAGAGAUAAAGCGUCCACAGUGGUGUCAAGACUCGAUGGAGGCGAAUUCUGAGGAGACAAUAAAGCUUUCAUUGAAGAGUGGUGUGAAGAACGGUCCUGCUGGAGCUGUUAAAGAUGCGACAGAAGAAUCAAUAACAGAUGAUGACAAGAGGAGGAACUAUGGAGGGGUCUACGUUGGCCUGCCAUCAGAUGCUGUCACAAUGGUUUCCAGUCAAACGAAGAGUACUCGAAAGGAUUAGAAGAAAAUUAUAUCCUGAUGCAAUCAACAAGAGGCCUUUUGUAGCUCACUCAUCAACAUUUGGGAAGAACUUAGUUCCACAAGAGACUUUCACUUGUUGCAGACACUUUCAAGAAGGUUCUGGACACCCCAAAUCCCAAGUGUUGUCAGAGAAAAGUUACCGGAAAAACUUGAAUGCUACCAAAGGAAAAGGAAAUCACUCGGACACCGUUCUCAGAGUAUGGCACCACUCUAUGAUCAUCUCGUGAAAGUCAAGUUCAUCAGCUGUCCUGGGGUGGCCACUUUAGACAGAAAUCUGCCCUGAGACCAGUAGGCAGCAUGCUCCUUCUCAGUGGGGCCAGAUGGGAGAUCUCAUGAAUUAUAAUUCACCAAUACAUUUUUGGAUGGCUUUUAUAUGAUAAGAAUCUUCAUUCUAUUUAUAAUGUCUAAUAAUGAGACACUGUAAGAGAAUUAAUGAAAACCCAUAUAUUUGACAUCUGUAAUCUUUUAGUGGCUCUGUACAAACCGAAUCAUUUUUUUUGGUUGUUAAAAUCUUAAAUUGAUCAAGUAGGCAUAAAGCUAUGAGAUUCUCACCCUUCUUUCCCUUUUAUAUGACUGGUUUUUGGCUUUAUUAAAGCAUUUAGCUGCUAAAAAGAACUUUCUUUUUAAAGAAGAAUGUAUUUCAUUGCAACAUUUUUUAAAAAACAAAAUACUAGUUUUGCACAUCCCAUAAAAAUUUUGGUUAAUCUUCUCUUUUCUUUGUACAGAGGCUCAUGUACCCAAGGCCCCAUCCCACCUUCAAUAUGACCUUCCCAGGAAAGGUCAUCACAAUAUUAUUUAAUUAUUCAAAAUCAGUAAGAAUUACUAUGAUGAGUGGAUAUUUGGAAAGUACUUUAUUUGCUAAUAACUGUAAGUUUCUCUACUAAAUACUAUGCUGUAAUAUGCUAUGCUAUUUGCCAAUGUAAUUAGACAAUUAAAACAUUUAUAUUCCUCUUU